UCCGGCGGGCCCGCCUGUGCCCGGCGGUGCGGGGAGGCUGCGGCGCUGCCCCCGCUCCCGCCCCGGCUCGGCCCCGCCGCGGCGGCGAGAGCGGAGCGGGGAGGGGCCGGGCCGGGCGCCAUGGCGGGGCGGGCAGCGCUGAGGCGGCGCUGAGGGGGCCGGGCGGGAGCCCUGAGGGGGCGGUGAGGAGGCAAGGUGGGAGCCCCGCGGCGGCGAUGAGCGGGCUGUGGCGGGGCCGGGAGGCGAUGAGCGGGCUGUGAAGGGGCCCGGCGGCGAUGAACGGGUCGGGGCGGCUGCCGGCCGGGCCCGCGGAGCAGCUGGGCGCGAACGGCAGCGGCCCCGCGGAGCUGCGGGAGGGCACCCACGCCGCCACGCUGGCCGCCUGCGCCUCCCUGCUGGCCCUCGUCUUCUGCCUCGGCUCCUACGGCAACCUCAUCGUGCUGCUCUCCUUCUUCGACCCGGCCCUCCGGAAAUUCCGCACCGACUUCGACUUCAUGAUCCUCAACCUCUCCUUCUGCGACCUCUUCAUCUGCGGCGUGGCCGCCCCCAUGUUCGCCUUCGUGCUGUUCUUCGGCCCGGCCCGCGGCGUGCCCGGCACCUUCUGCUUCACCUUCCACCUCACCAGCUCCGGCUUCAUCAUCAUGUCGCUGAAGACGGUGGCGGUGAUCGCGCUGCACCGGCUGCGCAUGGUGCUGGGCAAGCACCCGCACCGCGCCGCCUCCGCGCCCUGCUCGCUGCUGCUCACGCUGCUGCUCUGGGCCGCCAGCUUCACCCUGGCCACGCUGGCCACGCUGCGCACCCGCGGCUCCCGCCUCUGCCUGCCCAUGGCCAGCCUGCCCAGCGGGCAGGGCAGGCUCAUCCUCUACCUCUACCUCACCGACUUCAUCUGCUGCGUGGCCGUCGUGUCCGUGUCCUACGCCAUGAUCGCCCGGGCGCUGCGCAGGAACGCGCGGGCGAGGAGCGGCCCUGCGGCCGCGGGCACGCCCGGGGCCCAGCCCUUCGCGGGGCCCGGCGCCGUGCCCGCUCUGUACAGGACCCAGAGCUGCAGCAAGCCGCCCCACGGCCACGCCAAGCUCGUCGGCCGGCUCCCGCUGGCCUCGGCCGUCAACCUGGCCACGGCCAAGGACUCCAAGGCGGUGGUGACGUGCGUGGUCAUCGUGCUCUCCGUCCUGGUGUGCUGCCUGCCGCUGGCCAUCUCCUUGGUGCAGGACAUGCUGUCCGGCAGCGGUGGCUUUGUGCUCUACCAGUUCGAGCUGUGCGGGUUUACGCUCAUUUUUUUCAAGUCGGGAUUAAAUCCCUUCAUAUAUUCCCGCAACAGCGCGGGGCUGCGGAGGCGCAUGCUCUGGUGCCUGCAGUACGCGGCCCUGGUCUUUUUCUGCUGCAAGCACAAGACGAGGCUUCGAGCCAUGGGCAAAGGCAGCCUGGAGGUCAACAGGAACAAGUCGUCCCACCACGAGACCAACUCGGCCUACAUGUUGUCUCCGAAGGCUCAGAAGAAGGGCUUGGAGCAGGCGUGCGGUGCCAGCCACUCCAAGGACAGCGUGCUGAGCCCCAAGGCGUCGGCGGGACAGCAGCAGCAGCAGCAGCACUACGGGCAGAGCAGCUCCACCCCGCUGAACACGCGGGUCGAGCCCUACUACAGCGUGUACAACAGCAGCCCCUCGGCGGAGGGCAGCACCCCGCACAGCCUGCAGCCCGCGGCCUUCGCCUUCGCCAAGGGCUGCGGCGCCGCUCCCGCCAGGCACAUCCCGCUGCCCUCCGUGUAGCCUCGGCACCACCAGCCGGUCCAGAGGGGCCUCCGUGGGGGGGAAUUGCUGCAAACUCCUUGAUGCUGCUGCCGGCGGAUAGAAACACCGUUCCCGUUUGCGGUGGAAGCAAACGCGGGGCUGGCGCCUCCCUGACGCGCUCUGGAGUUGCCGCGGAGAGCCAGCAAGGGGGAUAUUUGAGAUCUGGAAUUGCUGCACGAGGGUGGUUUUGUUACUAAGUUUUACUGCUGGGCAAGUAAAAAAAAAAAACUUAGAUGCCAUGAUUGUGUGGUUCAUUAUGUCAUAAGGCCAGGUUGGACAGGGCUCAGUAACCUGGGACAGGGAAAGGUGUCCCUGCCUGUGGCAUGGGAUGGAACUGGAUCAUCCUUAAGGUCCCUUCCAACCCAAACCAUCCUGUGAUAAGGCCAGGUUUUAUAAAUACCUUGUAUUUUCAGGAAGGAAGAACUGGGGAGAUGCUUGGUAGCAUUUGAGUUUAAACUCUUCCCGUUGCAGCAGUUGGAAGAAUCAGUGUUUUUCAGUAAUAACAAAAGUCCUUUAUCUUCUUCAUAGGGUGAAACCCUGCUUCUGUUGAGCUAAAUGGCAAAAUUUCUAUGAACUCAGCUGAAGUUCAGGAUUUCAGUUUUGGCUUCUUCAAGUGGGACAAGGCUUUGUUCAGUCAGUGUUGUAUUUCCACUGGGGAGGGACAUUUGGGAAGUGUGGCACUGGGAUAAACCUCUGCAGUAUAUCUAUUCAUACCUGCUGGGCGUUCAUUUUAAUGAUGGUGGCAUUGUGUAUCCCAAAAUAAUUUGGAGAAGUGUUUUACAUCUGAUAGAAAUUACCAUGCACUACCUAAUUAUUUGCAUUACUUGAGGAUGAAGAUGAAUUUUGCAAUAUGAUGUGACUGAUAGACCAGGAGGAGCACAGUCACCUCUGGAAUUCCCUGACUGGUCAGCUGUCAGGCACAGAGUCAUGUUGCUGCUUGCUCUUUUGCCCAUGACUUUGUAUAAAUUGGGUUUUGGCUAUUCCUGACAGUCAGAACUGACAGCUGUUAACAUUUCCAAAACCAGAAUGACAAGUUUUUGAGGUUUUGUUAAGUCUAACAUCAGUUUGAGUUCAUCUGUCUGCUCAGAAAUUUUGUCUGUUGGUCUACACAGAGAGCAAAUAACAGAAGUUAAGUAGUUUUUAAUAAAUUCAAAGUCCUGACACUUCUUGCUCUUAGUGGCCAGAUCUCUUCCAAACAAUCACCUUUCAGCUUCUGUGGAUUUCAGCAGAGCCUCAGUGUCUCCAGAAUAAUUGUGCCACAGGCUUUUGAUGCCUCGCUAUAGCAAAGUGCCACAUCUUCAGGAAAAAUGACAGUGAUGGGAAUGUGAUUUGUUACUUCAGAAACAAAAAAUGUCCACAUCAUUGCUGUGAGUUGUUGGUUCAGGCUUUUUGUUAACUAAACUGUUCUCAAGAUUCUCCUGGAACGCUGUUCUUUGUUUAACACUGAAUAUUGAUUAAUUCUGAAUAAUUCAAACCAGCUUUCUUGCAAUAAAAUCAGUGUGAACAACUUUCUAAUACAAAUGUGAAGUGGAAAUUAUUUCCAUAAAUCUUUUCUCUCUGCCCAGUUUUCUUUUUUCUCUAAAUGAAUAAUGUGGUUCUUUUUAAACUAAGUAUAAAAGAUAAUGGAAAGAUCUUGUUCUGUGUUUGAAUUUCUCUUCAGUACAAAUUGUACUGGAGGGUAAAAUGUACAUGAGGCAGUUUUGGAGGUUUGCUGUAUGUGCAACUUCUGUGCCAUUAGAUCACAUGAACUUCAUCACAUGUUUGAAAAUUAAACCACUCACACCUCAUAAAACAUUUGCAUUGAGUUUUCAUGUGGGAGUAAAGCAAGAAGGGGCCAAGCAGGAGGUUUCAUUGCCUUUGUGUGACAAAAGAACUGAAAUCCCAUCAAAGCUGUUUGCAAUUUGCUCUCUGACUCCUGGUGCCAGCUGUGCCCUUAGCACCACCUGUGUAAUUAAUAUUGGUGUUAAUCUGCACAGUGUCACAGUGCC